ACUGAUGAGGUCAUAGUUCGUGUGAGUGGUGAAGGCUAACCUAACCUAACGGUCGGAGGGGAGCAAUGAAGCCGUGUAACAACCAUUAGCCAAAUCGUGAAUAGGCCACCGUUAAUCAGAGCAGUAACGUGCAUUUAUCUUUUUAGCUUCAGAAUAAUAUGGCUAUGGAAGCGGAGAGCCAAAAGAGCGGGGGCAGUUCCUCCCCAAGUGAUGUGCUACUUCCAGAUGAUUAUGCUGACAGCCUGACAGACCACAGCACCACCUUUGGCAAUGUGAUCCCUAACAGGAUUUUUGUUGGGGGACUUGACUACAGGGUUAAUGAGCGUGACCUGCGACACAUUUUUUCUCAACACGGCACAGUGAAAGAGGUGAAGAUUGUCUUAGAUCAUUCAGGAGUGUCGAGGGGAUAUGGGUUUGUUACAUUUGAAACCCAAGAAGAUGCUCUGAAAAUCAUCAACAAUACUAAUGGAGUCACUUUCAAAGACAAGAAACUCAGUGUUGGUCCGGCUUUUCGAAAGCAUCAACCUUCAAGUCAAACAAAGAGCACCUCUACAGUCAGCCUUGAACCUGCCAUGUCUCAGCAAACAUCCUAUGGGACCUUCUACCUGACCACAUCCACAGGUUCUCCCUACACUUACCAUAAUGGAGUUGCCUACUUCCACUGCUCCAACAUAAAUACUCCUUCCUACCAGUGGCUUCCGCCAUCUUCGCCAAUGGUCCCCCAUGCUUAUCAGCCUGUGUAUGAGCAACUAUCCAGUCACCACUACCAGUGCAUGCCAAACCAGUAUCAGUGGAAUACACCCCAGUGGCAGAUGCCAUCCUAUGCAGUCUUGUACCCCCAGCAGUCACAAUAUGUUUACCUGCCUGCUGAUGGAGUUUCUGUUCAGCCACCUGUGUUGUUCAUGGAGGACUCCACAGUGGAGCUUCUUGAGCCAACAGUGCAGCAUGUUUACCCAAUGUAUCCUCAGAGAGCAGAAGAAAUGGCACCUGCUGUUCUGCAGCAUGACCCUGGAAAGAAUCUGAAGUUUUCACCCUCGUGGUUCCAUCACAAGCCAAGACACCGCCGCCACAUCCACCACAAGGAAUACCACCAUCUGCCAGAAUCAACAGAGCCUCCAGACACCUCCAUGUUUCACACUCCCCAAAUGUCAAAUGUAGGCUAAAUCCACCGAGGGGUUUACAAGAGAAACGAGUUACACAUCUAAUUUUAGUCACGUCCUUUUUGCCCUAUGGGUAGCUGAUAAACCUCAGCCUUACAACAUAAUAAAGGUAAGCUUUCAUCUAGUUGUGCAGUCAGAUGACUGAGAUUUACUGUUACAGUGGGGUUCUUUUCUUACGCUAUAUUGUUUGUUGUUGUUUUUUUUGUUUUUUUAAAUUUAGGCACAAAUAGUAGCUGUGGUGAAGUAUCCCAGUAACAAGUAUUUACUUUAGUGUGAAAACACAUAAGUAUUUAUAGCAUAUCUUGACUUGAUCAAAAUAAAAGCUGAAGAUGUUCAUUUGCAGUAAUAAGUUGUACCCUCAGGAUUACAGUCAUUACAGUCCAGUCAUGUCUUUCAUGGACUGAAAUUUGGACUUCAACUUAAAUAUGAAUUAUAUCAAAUCUAACAGUAAAUUUUAUAAUAAUUUGUUCAAUUCCAGCUAUUUGUGCUUAGUCAUUUAAAAUAGACAAAUUAGUUUUUAUACAUUUAAAAUUGUCUGUGUGGUUUUAUGACGUUGCUGAUCGUCUUUGUUCAUUUUCUUUGCUUUUGUUCUGUAUUUUGCUUGAGGUUUUCAAGCUUAAAGCAAACUGUAAAACUGAGAAAUAAUAAAAAAUAAUAGCUCUGUAAUCUCACAUGACCACCAAA